UGUACAUCGAGACUUGAGUCGAGGAUAUCAAUAAAAAGGCGAAGCCCAAAUGUCUUGUCAGUCGCGGGAAAUCAUUUGAUAACUUGUGUUGGGGUUGGUAUCUUGGUGAUCAGUUAACAGUUAUCUAGCAUCAUGUCAGCCAAGAACGAAGGAGCUGCAGCAGGGGCAGAUGACAAAGAAGGUGACCAAAGUGAAUCAGUCGAUUCACAAGUGGAGAGUUUGAGAAACUUCCUGGGAAGAUUCCACUUGAGUGCAGGCAGUAGUGGUCAAGAAGAAAAGCCCAAACCAGAACAGCUACUCAAGGAACUGACUCUCGAAGGCAUUGCAGACUUCAUUAAAGAAGGAAAAUGUAAAAAAGUAAUCGUCAUGAGUGGAGCUGGAAUAUCAACAUCUGCAGGAAUUCCAGACUUCAGAACUCCUGGAACCGGUCUCUAUGAUAACCUUCAAAAAUACAACUUACCAAAUCCACAAGCCAUCUUUGAGAUUGGUUUCUUCAAGGAAAAUCCAGAACCUUUUUUUACCCUAAGUAAAGAGUUGUUUCCAGGAGCAUUCUACCCAACACCGAGUCACUUCUUCAUCCAUUUGCUACAUGAAAAGGGAAUCUUACUACGACACUACACACAGAAUAUUGAUGGCCUAGAUCGAAUGGCAGGUGUCCCUGAUGAGCUGAUCAUGGAGGCCCAUGGAUCCUUUCAUACAGGUCACUGCUUAAACUGCAAUGAGAUGUACACAGAAGAGUCAAUGAGAGAGAAGAUUAUGGCUGAUCUGAUUCCAAGAUGUGCAAAAUGUAAUGAGACAGGAGUUGUCAAACCAGAUGUGGUAUUCUUUGGUGAAUCUCUUCCUCCUCGCUUUCCCACUUUGGUGUCUGAGGACUUUCCACAAUGUGAUCUCCUUAUUGUGAUGGGUACUUCACUUGUUGUCCAGCCAUUUGCAUCCUUGAUUGACAAAGUGCCAGAGAUGACUCCUAGAUUGUUGAUCAACAUGGAGAAAUCAGGAAAGGCUGACCCUAUGAUGAUGAUGUUUGGUUUUCCAUCGGGCAUGGACUUUGACUCAGAUGACAAGUAUAGGGAUGUAGCCUACAUUGGCCCAUGCGAUGAAGGUUGUGAGAAACUUGCUGGAUUUGUUGGUUGGAAGAAGGAAAUGACAGUUCUUGUUAAUGAGGGUGAGGCCAAAAAAAAGAAGAAAGGCGAAACAGAAUCGCCCACAAAAGACGAGACUGCCAAAACUCCUACAUCAGCAACAAAGGACCAGAAACCCAAAACAUCUGCAUCUCCUGGAAAGAAAUCUUCUGCAUCACCAACCAAGGACAAGAAACCCAGCUCCAAAAAGGAUUAAUGAUCAAGAGAAACAAAAGUUUAGGAGAAACAAUAGCUUCGGAUGCUUCCUUGUGAGAAAUAGGGUAGAGCUAGCUUUGAUCCUGGGACAGGACUAGCAAUGGUAAGUAGAACCUCGUAAAGGGAUCCGGUAACUUUGUCUCAGAUUCUGAAACAAAAUCCUUAAAUCUUUGGUCGGCUUUAAACUGAAGUUUUUUUGUUUUUAUAAUUUUUUAGGAAAAUACUGUUAAUGAAUAUAAAAAUAUGUAUUAGAGCAUUCAAAACUAAUAGAGGGAAAAAAAGCAAAUAAAGAAGAAAAUCGACUGACCGACCAUGGUGCUGGCACCAAAAGGGCAAUACAACAUCUUUUUUUAGGCCUUAUUGUUAUCGUUGUCAUUGAUAUGUUACCGGACCUUAAAAGGAUGCUAUUUUUCUGCUCCUGAAUAGGCCAUGCUUGUUCUUGGAACUAGAUGGUGAUUGUUUUAGAAAAUGAGAGAUUUAUCUAAAGCAAUUAAAAGAAACUGUGCAUGUAUAAUCCAAGUUGCAGUUUGACUACUGACAGACUUCUUGAACUUUGUUUUAUUGAUCAUGAUCAGCUAGGAAAUUACUGCUGUUGAAAGACAUAUCAGUACUUUGACUGACUCGGUCGAUCUAAGGUUUGUGUGUCAGAAUUAUGAGUGGGAAAAGGCAGUAAGACUUAUAUGCUUUCAACCUUCAUUAUUUUUACAUAUCAGAGUUUUCAUUUUGAAAGAUUAGGUAUACCAAGCAUGAGUUCCAUAUUCUUCAUGUGCUCAAUGUAUUUUAUAGUGCUAAAAAGACUGAUCUUUUAAAUUAUAUUUAGUGUAAUCAAGCCUGAAAAUAAGGUUUGAAAUGAGAAUCUUUCAGAUGAUGGCUCAAUUUCAGAAUGAUAUUCAUUAAAUAAACAUUAACAUGAAUUAUCAAUUAUAUCAGUAAUGUUGGUGAAAAGUAUAAAACAGAAGUCUUGUCAUAUGUAGUAAAACAAGGCUUAUGUGGAUUCCCUCUCUUCAAAUAAGCAAUGACACUAUGGAUACUAAAUGCCACCAUAAAAUAUAACAUUUGUUGUCUUCCCUAUUCAAACAAAAUGAAAUGCCUCUGAAGUCAUGUCUACCAUGAUUUUAGGGAGGGGUAGGAGAUAUCCUUGUUGCCUUAGUCAAGAUUCUGAGAAGGGUUCAUGAUUUUGGUAUUACUUAUUGAGAUAUUUUUGUGUGUAUUGAAUCCCUUUUAUAAAGUUAAUAUUGAUCAUUUGUAUUUUGUAUACAAAAUCUUAUAUCUUUUCUUUUAAAUUUAUAUCUAAAAGAACAUUGUCUAUCAUUUCUAUGACUGGUGAUGUCGAUAGGUCAAGCACUUUGUUGUUUUUACUAAGUCCUCUACAAUUACAUUUUUAAAGAUGAAAUGUUACCCAGUAAAUUUUUAUGACACAAUAUAUCUCUUCACUGAACUAAAGAGCUGUCUAUACAAAAUUUAAAAGUGUACAUUUUGAAAUGUUGUGCUAUAUACUUUUGCAUUAGAAAAAGUAACAAAGUAUUUAAACGGAAAGGACUUCUUUUAUAAUGUAUGAUGUUUUGAAUUUAUAGAUGAAUUGGAUAAAAUAUUUCUAUAUACCGGUACAUGUGUAUUAUUAAAUUGCAGUGUUGUUUUUUUUUGUCGUUUGUUGAUGUAUCGUUUUUUGGAAAUAUAAGUAAUAGUGGUUCUCUAUCAAUUGAUAGUACAUCACAAUCGGAAUGUGAUAAAGUUGUUCAUAUUUUAAAAACUAAUCUAUAGAAUUAUUUUAUGAUACAGUUUAUGUUCAGGACUAAAAGUGCAAUUUAUUCAGUACAAAGACAAAGUUAAGGUUUUAGUAACCGUUCUAUUGAUGGUGGCUGUCGAAUUUGCUUGUAUCAACGAAAGAUUUCUAUCACAUUAAUUAGUUGAUAUCUUUCACUACUCACUUUUUUUUUUUUUUAAUGUCUUCAUAUAUUAGUUCUGUGUACUUGUUGUUGCUAUGACAGGCAAGCCUCUCUGAAGGUUAUUGGUGUCAAGUGCAAUCUCUGUACAAAUUGUAUUCUUCAUCACGGAGUACAUGUAGGUUAGAUGGUUUUGUGAAAUUUCAUUAACAGUUUUAAAACAUUAUUUUAUUGUUUUCUUUUAGAUUUUUUAAAUUAUUGAUAUAAAAAAUGCCAAAGUGACAAUGUUCCUGAUUUUCUAUUUACAUGUAGUUAGAAAACAUAUAUUAUAAAGAUCAAUUGUAUUGCUUACAUUAGUGUUUUAUUUGAAUAACAAUGUAACUCAUAUAUUGCUUUUGUAAACAUGUCAGGGUAUUAAAUGUUGUUAUUCAUUGUUUUCUUCAUAUUUAUCUCUUCUCUCAUACUCUAUGAACUUGUAAGUUUUGAUUAUAAUUAUAUGUAAUUAUUUCUAUAUAUGUCUUUAUUUCUAUUGUCUUCUACAUUUGUAAAGCGCAUUGGUAUUACCUUCGGUAAUUAAAUGCACUAUAUAAGAGCUAACUAUUAUUAUUAUUUUUAUUAAGUCUUUAGCAUUUUUAAGUCUUUUACUUCCUUGGCAAUAUUUAACAUAAAUUUUCUUCAUGAUUGAGACUCAAGAUAUAAUCAUCAGGUACUUACAAUAGUAAGCCAGGGACAUGGUAUGUCUUAUGUUCCAGAAAGGAAAGGUGAAUAUGACAGUAAAUCAGGAAUAAGAAUCGAUUUAAUCAAAUACAAUUACUAACAUUUCCUGAAUACAAGGAGAGUAUAGAUUUCCUCUUUGACACUCAGUAAGAUUUUUUUUUAAAGUUGGUAUGUCUUAUGUUUGUGAAGGAAAGGUGUAUAAGAUAGUUCAUAACAAAUAUAGAAAUAAAAGAAAUAUGAACACUUCCUAAUCCUUUGAACAUUAAAGUUUUCAAUUUUUAUUUUAAAUCAAAUAGUUGAUAUUCAUUAAGCUUCAGGAAUGAAAGGUAUUCAGCAAAGUAAACAUUGUAAGGAAAUGUAUUAAAUGCAGUCUUAGAUGAUUUCAAAUGUAGUUGGUAUGUAGCAGUGAGGAAAGUCAAUUGAUUAAUGAAAUGCAGGUGGAAACUUCAAAAGUAAAACUGAUGCAUUUGCUUGUUUACUGCUUUCCCAAGUGAUAUUGGGAUCAUGGUGGUAUAAUCAUAUUUUUUUUUUUACGUUUUAUUUCUUAUUUUUAUAAGCAGAACUUAAGUUUCCUUUUAUUUAUAUUGGCUAUUGUAAAAGUAAGGGUGUUCAACUUUUCAGUGAUAAGUCGAAUCUGGAUUAGUCUGGACUGAGCUGUGUUUCAUGAUGUUUGUUUUCUCAGUAUGUGAAACAUGUAAUACAUGUAUCGAUAUUUUUGUAACACUGUUAAAUGUUUAUGGAAUUAAUGUAAACAUAUAUGGAAUAAAGCUUUAUAUAUUAUUACAAAGAAA